CGGAAAUUUACUGAUAUGGCAACAUUUGACAUUAAAAAUCCAUUUGCCAACAUGUUGGCAAAUUCGACAAAGAAACAGCUGAUUUUUGAGCGGGAAGUAACAUAAAAGAAAGAAACAAUGGUACGAACUUAAAAAGAUCUUUAUUUAGUUUUUAAAUUGUUAUUUAUAUUUAGAUUAAGAUGGAAAUAGAGACAUUGGAAUUGGAGCCUAUAUUAUCAAGCCCCAGUGAAGUCACAAGUAAAAAAAGAGUGCGGAAGUUGCAGCAUCAGUGGACGAACCAAGAAACCAUGAAGCUUAUUGAGGCAGUCGAGAUCAGGGAAGGCACCUGGAACUAUUUGGUCAAAGAGUACAGGGACCGAAACCUUAGAGAAGCUCUGUGGCAAGAGGUGGCCGACGUAUUGGAGUUACCACGAGCAGAAGUUACAACAAAGUGGAAUAGCCUGCGUUGUGGUUUCCGCGCAUCGUUUAACAGGAUAGGAGCGAGUAAGAGCGGACAGGGUGCUACAAAGACGGUUUCUUCAAACCCGUUUUACAAUGCUUUAAAAUUUCUGGAGCCCACUUUGCGUGUUGAGGCAUCCACAACAUCAAAUUUAAUAGAUAUAAAUGAACCUUCGCAAGAGCAAUCCCUUUAUGACCCUGAAUUUCUCGAAGAAGAAAUCGUGCAACCUAAGUCAGCAAAAGCCUCGACAAAGCGCCAACGACAAGAAGAUUCCGAGUAUGCAAAGGUUGUUGAGAGCGCUUUGCAAACGAUGAAUUCUGCUGCAAAAAGCGAUCCUUGGGAUGAUAUGGGCAAUUUCGUGGCAUCAAAUGGCCGUGAAUUCGCAGCCGAAAACAUUCAGUUGUCAAAACGUUUUAAGAUUGCAAUUAAUGAGGUUGUACUAAACUACCAGAAGGAGUUUGCAAGCCCACAGUAAUGCGCCAAACUCGAAUUACUGGCAAUGAUCUCAAAACAACAAUAAAUAGAUUUAAGACAUUUUAGUGAAUUUUCUUCGUGUGCCAUUUUAAUUUAAUCAAUUUUUUUUAUUUUUUCCCAAGUUUUAACUUUAAGAAAUCUUGAUGAAUUUUCUUCAUGUGCCUUUUGAAUUAAAUCAAUUUCUUAUGUGUAAUUAAAAGUACAAAUUUUUAAUUGAAUUCAUUUUCUUUUUAAACAUAUGAAUGAUAAGGAUAUUUAUG